AUGGUGAAUAAUAUUGUGAUAAUUUAUUUGGGUACCAAUAGGAUCGAAAUUGGGAGAAGUACUGAAGCGUGCCCGCAAGAGAUUAUCGCUUGGAAGAAAGGAAGUAUUGAUGAGAAAAAUAGGGAAAAGUUAAAGGAGAUCUUUGAACUAUAUUUUCAAAUGUGUAACAUCUCGGGAAAUCGAGAGGUACAAGUUUUGCUACUGGAAGACAUCUUUUUUUCUGUAGCAGAAAAAAGAAUUAUUUGUAGCAUCUUGUUUAACGAAUUGGGCUGCGCUCACGUUUCGUUCGUUCCCAGAGCCAUCAUACAUUGCUUAUCCUGCAAUACAAGGAAUGGAAUAAUUUUAGACAUAGGUACCACUUAUACUACAUGUGUACCUAUUUUUGACCUUAGACCUCUGCAACGGUACAUAAAGUACUCAAAACGAGGCAAAAGGGAGGUUGAGUCAAGUAGCCCUCCCCUAGUUGGUCCCUACACGCCAAUAUUCUUUGACGAAAAAUAUAACUCUAAAAGUUGUGAAGCAGAUGAAAUUCCGGUAAUAAAUCUUGUCAAAGAUAUUGUAGAGUCACUUCCUAUCGACUUGAGGAAACCACUGAGAGAAAAUAUCAUCAUAGUAAACAUUGAAGAGAUGUAUGAAACAGCAAUAAAAGAUUUAUUCAAGCAAAAAAUGGCCACGUCUAAAAUCCAGCUAUCUAAAAAUUACUGGCAGGCUGGUUCUGCAUGCGCGAAAACACUCCUACCCUCUAAAGGAAACAACAUCGUAGGAGUUAGAAGGAAUGAGUUUUAUAACAAUCCCUACAUUGCUCCUGAUUGGUUUGAUUAUUACUUUAGAACUGGGGUGAAGUGCUUAGAAUAG